AUGCCUGGCGAGUGGAGUUCAAAGGCUUUCAGGGACUGCCUCCGGCGGGGCGGUUCCGGAUCCCCCAGAUUAUUCCGGGCGGGCGGCUCCAGUGGUGUACCUGUGUUAGUGCCAGUGCGUGCCAGUCCCGUGCCCAGUGUUGUGCGAGGGAGUUUACUUGUAAAAUUCGCCUUUGCAGUGCCAGUCCCGUACCCGGUGUCGUGCGAGGCAGACCUUAAAAUUCUUUUUCUCAGCCGGCUCUUCAAGCGCACCGACACGGACGAGACGAUGUCUCAGUUCGGACCGCCGCGGCCAGCCCCCGUUAAGGCCUCGGCCAGCCGCGCUGCCCCCAGCCGAGUGGCGCGGGAGGCGGCCCACGCAACGCUGAAGGCGCAGCUGACGGACCUUCAGCGCCAGAACGAGGCCCUCAUCGCCGAAAAGACCGAGCUGGCCGAGGCGCAGCGGGAGGUGCAAAGCUCGCUGGCGUGCGCUCUGGAACGUGAGGGCGCGCUUGCGGCGAUCCUCUCCAGCGGCGGUAUCAACGCCAUGGCACGCGCCCCCAUCGACUGGUCCACUGAGGACGCUAAGCAGGCGCUCGCUGAGGACGAGGCUCGCGCCGAGUUCUGUGAGCAGUUCGACGCCCGCAUCCGAUCUGGCCGCGAGAGGAUGGCACAGCUUCUUUCGGAACAGAAAGCGUUGCAUGCCUCGCUGGAUCAGCCUUGCGCCCUAGCUUAA